GUUUGCUUGCCCCAGAGGAGAUUUGGCAGCGGUGGCACAGCCUUUCUGCCUCAGCCGUGGCCUGGUCCUUGGACACCUUGGCCACCGCCGACCCGGCGCGGCGCGGCGAGCCGCCGGAGCCGCCGGAGACGUGGCACUCGCAGGCGCUGCAGAUGCUGUGCGUUGCGGAGAUCCUGACCCGUCCUGAAGUGGCUGAGACGUAUAACUGUCACGACACACCCUUGCGGCCUUUCCUGCGGGCCCUGUGCCAUGGUGGUCUGGGACACUACUAUCAGCUGCGCAACAAGCCACGCGCAGCUGUGCGCUUCUUGGAACAGGGGGCCAACGGUCAAGCCAAGUGGGCACAUCCUGCCAUUCUUCUCAACCUCAGUGCCGUCCAUUUGCGAUUGAAAGAGCCGGGGAAGGCCCUGUCCUAUCUUUGCCAGGUGGUUUUGGCCUUGCGCAGCGGCACUGGUCCGCUCUGCCAAGCUUCGAUGGCUGAGGUGGAAACUGCCCUCAGAGCAGCUGGCACUGCAGUCUCGGCGGUCCUGGGACCACCAAAGGAAGUUGCCCAUCAAGCC